AUUCCUCCAGCACUACUAUAAAAGGCCAUCUUACGAGCCACCCUCUGCCGUCGCUGGUGAGCCCGGGAUCCAGGCGAGAGACGCGCGAAGCCAUUUUUAGGUUUCCCAAGCGUUGCUAGGGUUUCGACGCGAUGGUUCUUCCGAACGAUAUUGAUCUGCUUAAUCCCCCGGCGGAGCUCGAGAAGAGGAGGCACAAGCUCAAGCGUCUUGUGCAGUCCCCCAACUCCUUCUUCAUGGAUGUGAAGUGCCAAGGAUGCUUCAACAUUACGACUGUGUUUAGCCACUCGCAGACUGUUGUGGUCUGUGGGAACUGUCAAACUGUGCUUUGCCAGCCAACUGGGGGUCGUGCAAGGCUCACUGAAGGAUGCUCCUUCCGGCGGAAGGGCGACUGAGGGCGGUAUAUGCUUCCUCUUACUUGCGUUUUACUGUAAGGAAGUUCGACUUGGAAAAUGAGGUUGUAUGAGUUUUUAGGUGUCAGAGUGUCUUUUUUCUCUUGAUUUAAGAAUGUUGAGUCAGUAUUAAUGAUGUACUUUUUUGAUUUUGCUGUUCUGGAAAGUACAUUAUAUCGUUAAUUGGUACUACUGAAUUGAAAAGAAUAGAGUUUUGGUUGGUUGCAUUCCAGUUUUA